AUUCAGCAUCAACCAAUGGUAUGGUCCCAUUAUAAAAACAAAGUAAAAAAAAGAAAUAGAAGGAAAAUCUUGACAGUCAAUUCUCCAUUUGCCAACGUACCCUCUUUAUACAUACGGCCACGCCACACCUUUUCUCAUCAUCAACAAACAUACUCCAAAACCAACAGUACCUUGAUCUUCUCCAAUAUUUCUCUGGCCUGGCCUCCUCCUUCCCCACUCCAAAUUGUUGCCGUUGUUGUUGUUGUUGCUGUAUGCCUGUAUCGCUGAGGCAUGCAGAGCAUCAUUGAUGCCUUGAGCGCCGGCCACGACGACAAUGGCGGGCAGAUCAAUAUUGCAAAGAGGGAAAUCAAAGGCACCGUGGUGCUGAUGAAGAAGAACGUGCUGGAGUUCAAUGACUUCAACGCUUCGAUCGUUGACCGUUUCGACGAGCUCUUAGGGCGGGGAGUUUCCCUGCAACUCAUCAGCUCCGUUCAUGGCGAUCCUCAGAAUGGCAACAAGGGCAAGCUUGGGAAGGCAGCAUACUUGGAGAACUGGAUCCCGACAAUCGCUCCAUUAAAAACCGGCGAAACAGCCUACGACGUCACCUUCGAGUGGGAAGAAGAAGAGAUCGGGGUUCCAGGAGGGUUUGUAAUCAAGAACAAUCACCACAACGAGUUCUUCUUAAAGUCUCUCACACUCGAAGAUGUUCCUGGGGAAGGCAGGAUCCACUUCCCCUGCAACUCCUGGGUUUACCCUGCCAAGCGCUACGCCAAAGAUCGAGUUUUCUUCACUAACAAGUCGUAUCUGCCACAUGAGAUGCCAUUGCCAUUGGUGAAGUACAGAGAGGAAGAGCUGGUUGCCUUGAGAGGAAAUGGACAAGGGGAGCUCCGAGAGUGGGACAGAGUGUAUGAUUAUGCUUGCUACAAUGAUUUAUGGGAUCCUGAUGAUGGCGAUGCAGACAAUGCCAGACCAACUCUGGGAGGAUCGGCUGAGUACCCUUAUCCUCGUAGGGUAAGGACUGGCAGGCCGCCAUCCAAAUCAGAUCCCAAGGUAGAGAGUAGGCUACCACUAUUGAUGAGUCUAGACAUAUACGUCCCAAGAGACGAGAGAUUUGGUCACCUGAAGAUGUCCGAUUUCCUUCUUAACGGGCUCAAAGCCAUCGUUCAAAUUGUGAAGCCUGAACUGGAGGCUCUGUGCUCUGAGGAUGGCAAUGAAUUUGAUUCCUUCGAUGAUGCUUUGAAGCUAUACGAUGGAGGGGUGAAGCUCCCUCGAGGUCCCACACUCGAUAACCUCUGGAAGGAUAUUCCUUUAGAUAUCAUCAACCUGAUUUUCCAUACUGAUGGGGAAAGGAUUCUGAAAUACCCUUUGCCAGAAGUGAUCAAAGAGAGUAGGACUGCUUGGAGAACUGAUGAAGAAUUUGCGAGGGAAAUGCUGGCUGGGCUUAAUCCUGUUGUCAUUAGUAUUCUUCAAGAGUUCCCACCGAGGAGCAAGCUGGAUGCUAAAGUCUAUGGCAAUCAGGACAGUUCAAUUAGUGAAGAACACCUAAGGCAUCACCUGAAUGGAUUGACUGUAGCUGAGGUAAAGAAUCUCUUUCGCUUUGUAAAUAUGGCUCGACCAUUCCAAUCCCUUCCAUCUAGAUGAAUGAAUUUAUAGAAUUUUCCAUUACCCACAGCUUGAUGGACUCGUAAUCUGACUAACCUGUAAUCUAGUAGAAUCAUAAUCCGACUACAUUCAAUGAUUUGAGACCAGAUUGAUCCACCCUAAAUUUCAACCAACAUGCUCACCAGAUCCCCUUAACAUAUAGAACCAUCCAAACAUGGUCCAACUCCAUUAACCGAACCCCGGACAUGUAAUCCAAUCACAAAGCACAAUUGACUUGCAGCCAAAAAGCCUAAUAGACCAAUAAUUUGAUAUAUCCCACUGCCUGAUCAACUCCGCUCAGCCCAUCCCAAAUUGCCCAUUUGAGACUUCUACAAAUUUUUUCCACAUGUUGAUGAACUGAAGUAUAUGUUGCAUUUGGCUCUUCAGGCAAUCAAGACCAACAAGCUAUUCAUACUAGAUCACCACGACACAAUAAUGCCAUACCUACGGAGGAUUAACGACAACACCACCUCCAAAGCCUAUGCAACAAGAACAAUCCUAUACCUGCAAAAUGAUGACACAUUGAAGCCAAUGGCGAUCGAGUUGAGCUUGCCACAUCCCGACGGAGACCAGUUGGGAGCCAUUAACAAAGUCUACACUCCACCACCUGCAGAUCAUAAGGAGGAGGGCAGCCUCGAAGAAAUCAUUUGGCAGUUGGCCAAAGCAUAUGUAGCAGUAAACGAUUCCGGCUACCACGAGCUCAUCAGUCACUUCUUGCACACUCAUGCCGUGAUCGAGCCGUUUGUCAUUGCCACAAACAGGCAGCUCAGCGUAGUUCACCCGAUCUUCAAGCUUCUCCACCCUCAUUUUCGAGAUACCAUGAACAUAAACGCGCUUGGGAGACAGGUCCUCAUCAAUGGAGGAGGACUGAUGGAGUUCACGCUCUACCCUGCCAAGUACUGCAUGGAAUUCUCUUCGUCGCUGUAUAAACACUGGAACUUCACUGAGCAAGCCCUCCCUCAGGAUCUCAAGAAGAGGGGAAUGGCGGUUCCUGACCCAGUGUCCAAACACGGUCUCCGACUUCUUAUCAAAGACUACCCAUACGCCGUUGACGGGCUCGACAUCUGGUCAGCGAUCAGAAACUGGGUAGCCAAUUACACAUCAUUGUACUACAAAACCGACGAUGCGAUUCGGAGUGAUGUCGAGCUCCAAACGUGGUGGAAAGAACUCGUGGAGGUCGGCCAUGCGGACAAGAGAGACGAGCCCUGGUGGCCCAAGAUGCGUAAUCGAGACGAACUCAUCGAAUCGUGCACGACUGUGAUCUGGAUCGCGUCGGCGCUCCAUGCAGCCACCAAUUUUGGGCAGUACACUUAUGCCGGCUACAUGCCGAAUCGCCCCACCAUCAGCCGGCGGUUCAUGCCGGAGGAAGGAACGCUGGAAUUCGAGGAGAUGCGGGAGAACCCAGAUAGGGCUUUCUUGAGGACGAUCACGGCGAGGCUCCAGACGCUUUUGGGGAUCUCGCUGAUUGAACUUCUAUCGACGCAUUCUUCGGAUGAGUUUUACCUAGGUCAGCGGGACACGGCGGGGUGGACGGCAGAAUUGGAGGCGGCGGCGGCAUUCGAGAGGUUUGGGAAGGCAUUGACGGAGGUUGAGGAGAGGAUUGUGGAGAGGAACGGAGAGGAGAAUCUGAGGAAUCGGUAUGGAGCAGUAAAGAUACCAUACACUCUGUUGUUUCCGACGAGCGAGGUUGGCCGGACCGGCAAGGGGAUUCCGAAUAGUAUUACUAUUUAAAAAUUGGUUAUUGAAUGACGCGGAAUUAAUGGCUUUGAGUUGGUGGUAAAUUUAUGCGUGUUGUGUCUUGUGUGAAUCAUGUUAAAUGUCUCAAGGUUACUUCUUUUUUUUUUUUUUAAGGGAAAAUGUCUCAAGGUUACUUGAGUUCAUUGUUAGUUGUUACCCCAUUGAACAAGCUCUUUAAUCAUAUAUCAUUAUAAUAGGGUGCGAACUUAAUGUAAUUUGUCUUGUUGAUCUAUAUAUCAUUAUAAUAAGGUGUGCAGAUUUUCAUACACAAA